AGUCACCCGGCCACAAUAACCCAUCCAAUAAGUAUCAAGGUCACAGUGCAUGAAUUGAAGCAGCCUAGCUAAGUAAAAUAAAAAAUCCAACAUGGUGUCCACCAAAACCAUUCUACAGUCCGCGGCAUCGGUGGCGGCAUCAGCGGUGAUGGUCCGGUCGCUUGCCCGGGACAUAUUGCCCAGCGAGCUCCACGACACUGUCCUAUCAAACGUCAACGUCCUUCUCAAGUCCUUUUCUCCCAUCAUGGAAUUAGUCAUCCAAGAGCUGACUGAGGGUGGCAAAAACCAAAUGUACGAGGCAGCGGAGUCGUAUCUAGGGAGGCGGCACGGUCUGUACGACUCAGCCGCCUCCUACCGCUUACGCGUCGCCCUCCCAAAGGACGAGGCUAAGAUCUCUACCACCAUAGACAAAGGUCAGCAAGUCGUUGACCGUUUCAACGGCGUCUCGUUCACGUGGACUAAAAGCACUGCGAAGCGAGGGAAGGAUGAAUAUUACACCACCUCAAAAGUAGAGAGCUCCCCUUUGUUCACUCUCACCUUUCACAAAAAACACAAGAAGAUGGUGUUUGAUGUUUACUUCCCCUUCAUAUUAGCCGAGUCAAUCAAAGGCAAACUCGAGCAAAAGACUCCCAAGCUCUUCUCCAUGAAACUAGAUCACGGGUACUCUUAUAGUCCGAAAGGUGCUGAUGAUAAGUGGAAGUUUGUCAAGCUUGACCAUCCUUCCACCUUUCAAACCCUAGCUAUAGAUACCGACUUGAAGAUAUCCAUUAUGGAAGAUCUUGAUAGGUUUGUGAAGAGAAGAGAGUAUUACAGGAAAGUUGGAAAAGCUUGGAAAAGAGGGUAUUUGUUGUAUGGUCCACCCGGGACGGGGAAAUCAAGCCUGAUAGCAGCCAUGGCUAACUACCUCGAAUUUGACAUAUAUGAUCUCGAUCUGACUGCUGUCUAUACCAAUUGUGAACUGAAGAGCAUUCUUCUCUCCACUGGGAACAGAUCGAUACUAGUUGUGGAAGACAUUGAUUGCAGUGUUAGUAUCACUAACCGAAUUGCAAACCAACAAGCCUUAUGUAACCCCGCCAAAAAGUCAAAAAACAGAGAUGUGGUGACUUUGUCAGGACUACUGAACUUCAUUGACGGGUUGUGGUCGAGUUGCGGGGACGAGAGGAUCAUCAUCUUUACCACAAACCACAAGGAGAGAUUGGACCCGGUGCUUCUACGGCCGGGUCGGAUGGAUGUGCACAUCCACAUGUCCUACUGCACAUUUGGCGCCUUCUUGACUUUGGCCAAGAACUAUUUGGGAAUUGAGGAGCACUCUUUGCUUUUCCCAGAGAUUCAAAAUUUGUUGGAGAAGGCAAAGGUGACCCCUGCUGUGGUCGGUGAGCACUUGCUGAGUAAUGAGAAUCCUGACCACGCCCUCCAAACUCUUGUCGACCUUUUAAAAGUGAAAAUAAUCGAAAAUGAAAAUGAAAAUCCUAACCAGGCAGAGGGUGAAGCGGCUAUGGAACCCUUGAUUCAGUCUGAUGACGAAUCUUAUUAAUUAGUAUUAAGUGUGCUUUGUUUUAGCUUUAAUAUUAAUGUAAUACUUGGUGUAUUGUUGUUAGUACUGUUACAGUACUACCUAUCUUAAAAGAUGUUCUUUAUUUCACUUUAUUUGCCUUUUUUAUUUGUUUUGAUCCAAGUGGCUCUCUUUGUGAAUUGAUCGUCUUGUGGUUGUUAAAGGCAUGGUAUUAAUUAAUCAACUUAUUUGUUUUGGAGUUUUAACCUCUUUU